CUAUAUUAUAGUUACAGGUGUAGGUAUUUAGUGUGUAAGUGGUAGACACAAUUCAUUCACAUCCACCAAUACUGUUGUCCCAUUUUACAACAAGAGAGAAAGAACGUUGUGUGUCGAUGUGGUUUCAUGCAGCAGACACGACAGUCCUGUUGUAGGGUUCAGUCAUCAGCAUUUUAUUGAUUAACAGCGCCACCCUGUGGCUCCCACGUGUAUCCGCAUCAGGAUGAGUCGUUCACAUAGAAGAAGUCGCAAAUAAUUGCACUCUAAUCAUGGCGGUGGAGGCGAACUUAAAUCUUUGUUUACACUAAUUAAAGCGGAUAUACAUUAUUCUAAUAUUGACUGCCUUUAAUGCACUUCAGUCAUUCAUCUUCUACCGCUUUAUCCUCCUGCCAAUCCUAGCUUUUACAUUACAUGUCAUUUAGCAGACGCUUUUACCCAAACCGACUUACAAUAAGUAAGCAGACUUUGGGCGACUCUGGCCAGCUCAUCAGUCCUUCACACGGUGACAAACGACCAUGCACACUCACACCUAUGGUCAAUUGUGUCAAAUUUGCCAUAUCCAAAAAUCUGCCUGUUUUUUGAACUGCGGGAGGAGACCGGAGAACCUGGAGAACAUGCACACACCACACCAGAUGGUGGGGGUAAUGCGCCAUAUCGUUGUUUGCAAUCGCCACGAAGAAGAAGAAGGCGGCCCACAAUACAUUGCGCUUCCAUCAUGGCGUCUGUCGAACUUUUGUGACAACAACAUCCGCCAACAAGACCUCGCCGCAACUUAAGGAAAAGGGGGCUGUGCUGCGAGGUGGAUCAGCAACCUUUCAGACACGAGGAUGAGACUGUUGACGCUGUUAAAACGAAUCCAUAAACCCGUUUACACCUGCUCUCAGCCUUGUCUGAGCUCACAUGCUAGCAGCGGCCAGUUAGCUUCCGGAGGUCAGGCUUUAAUCUCAGGCUCCAGCCGGGAGUUGGUGCAGAGUCUCGUCUCACAGGUGGAGGUGAGGACGGCCUUCAUCUCAGAGGAGGAGGAGGCGGCUCUCCUACGAGAGCUGGAGCCGGGCCUGAAGAAGAAACGCUAUGAGUACGACCACUGGGACGAUGCCAUUCAUGGUUACAGAGAGACUGAGCGCGUAAGGUGGACAACAACGUGCGAGGAGGUCUUGAAUCGUGUCCGAUCUGUAGCGUUUCCGGAGGGAAGUCCACUCCUCGGACCUGUCCAUGUUCUAGAUCUGGACGAGAAGGGCUACAUCAAGCCUCACAUCGACAGUGUUAAGUUUUGUGGUAACACUAUUGCUGGGUUGAGUCUUCUGUCAGAUUGUAUCAUGCGUUUGGUGAAGGAGGAUGCUAACAAUGAAUGGCUGGACCUGAUGCUGCCUCGACGCUCCCUAUAUAUAAUGAGGGACCAGGCCAGAUAUAACUUCACUCAUGAAAUCCUGAAAGACGAGGACUCUGUUUUCAAUGGACAGAGAGUGCCUCGGCAGCGUCGCAUCUCGGUGAUCUGUCGAAAUCUUCCAGGCUAAGGCCCCCACUAUCGCAAUAAGGAUAAUAUAACUUGAAUGUAAAGGACUGUGUCAGGGAUCUUCAUUGUUGAAGAAAUCACUGAAAGACAUGUUGGGAAGUGGUUUGUCGUGGGCUGUCCUGAGCACUGUGAGCUCAUAAAAAAUGAGACUGAGGAGGCCGAAGACGACUUUGUGUAUUGAUUUCAGUAAAUUCUAAUAGUCAUGUGUAUGACUGGUUUUAUUAAAUUAAAAGUUCUAAUUUA